UUGAUUGAUCAAUGUGUGAAGAGUUUUACUACAUCUGGCUCUCUGACAGUGCACCAGAGAACACACACCGGAGAGAAACCUUAUAGUUGUAAUCAUUGUGGGAAGAGUUUUAAUACAUCUGGCGCUCUGAAUGUACACCAGAGAACACACACAGGAGAGAAGCCUUAUAUCUGUGACCAAUGUGGGAAGAGUUUUACUACAUCUAGCUCUGUGACUAAACACCAGAGAACACACACAGGAGAGAAAUCUUAUAGCUGUGAUCAAUGUGGGAAGAGUUUUACUACAUCUGGCUCUCUGACAGUGCACCAGAGAACACACACAGGAGAGAAACCUUAUAGCUGUAAUCAAUGUGGGAAGAGUUUUACUACAUCUAGCCAUCUGACUCCACACCAGAGAACACACACAGGAGAGAAACCUUUUAGCUGUGAUCAAUGUGGGAUGAGUUUUUCUACAUCAAGCUCUCUGACUAUACACCAGAGAACACACACAGGAGAUAAAUCUUAUAGUUGUAAUCAUUGUGAGAAGAGUUUUCCUACAUCUAGCCAGCUGACUUCACACCAGAGAACACACACAGGAGAGAAACCUUAUAGCUGUGAUCAAUGUGGGAUGAGUUUUACUACAUCAAGUCAUCUGAUUCGACACCAGAGAACACAUACAGGAGAGAAACCUCAUAGCUGUAAUCAAUGUGACAAGAGAUACUCUAAUAAAAGGUGUCUGAUCAAACAUCAGAAAAUACAUACAUGAAGAAGUUGUUUCAUGAUAUCAAUGAAAUGAUGUCACAAUGUAGAAUGUUUUAACAUUGUAGUAUGACUAUUUUAAUGAUGUCACAAUAUAGAAUGUUUUAACAUUGUAGAAGGAGUAUUUUAAUGAUGUUCUACCUUAUCCUUAUCGUUUACCCUGUUUAAUUGAUCGCAGCAUGAUAUGGAUAUUAGCCUCAGGGGAAAAUCCAGGCUCUGAGUUGAAAGAGUAUUAUUUAACAAAAAGUGACAAACUAAAAAACAGCUGUGUUACAUUUACUGCGUUGGUGACCCACUUUAAUCAAAAUGCAGCACUUCAAAAUGUAGCUAGCUGUUUUCUACAAGUUGAAAAGCUGCUUGUUUAAAAAAAUACAUGUAAUAUGAUAAUUGUUGCAGAUGUUUGUGUAUACACACACAUGAAUAAUAAUAAAUUGGUCUAUAAUCAAUUUCAUUAACAA